AUGGCGCUCAGCGAUGCCGACGUUCAGAAACAGAUCAAGCACAUGAUGGCUUUCAUCGAGCAGGAGGCCAAUGAAAAGGCAGAAGAGAUCGAUGCCAAGGCAGAGGAGGAAUUUAACAUCGAAAAGGGUCGUCUGGUGCAAACGCAGCGGUUAAAGAUCAUGGAGUAUUAUGAGAAGAAGGAAAAGCAGAUUGAGCAGCAGAAGAAAAUUCAGAUGUCCAAUUUGAUGAACCAAGCCCGAUUGAAGGUGUUGAAAGCGCGAGAUGACCUGAUCAGCGAGCUCCUAAACGAGGCAAAGCAACGACUUGCACGGGUGGUGAAGGACCCAGCACGGUAUCAGGCCCUGCUGGAUGGGCUUAUUUUACAGGGCUUGUACCAGCUGCUGGAAUCAAAGGUUGUUAUCCGGUGUCGCAAGGAGGACCUGCCUCUUGUUAGGAAUUCUGUGCAGAAAAAUAUUCCCAUUUACAAGGCAGCAACCAAAAGAGAUGUGGAGGUGGUCAUCGACCAAGAUGGAUACCUGGCCCCUGAGAUUGCUGGAGGUAUAGAGCUUUACAACGCAGAUGGCAAGAUCAAGGUGGCAAACACACUGGAGAGUCGGCUGGACCUCAUUGCCCAGCAGAUGAUGCCAGAAAUUCGAGUUGCUUUGUUUGGGGCAAACACAAACCGCAAGUUCAUGGACUGA